CGCCUGACUUUGUCGUCUGCAGAGGAUCCUGAAUCUCCAACCGACGGCUGUGGAUAACCCGGUGGCUUACAGGAGGGUGUCCGACUUCAUGGGUAGCAGAGUGAUGGACUGGUACGCUUUCUUCGCGGAGGUGACGCAUCACUCCAUGCCACACCUUGCGUUCGUCGUUAUCAAGCUGGUCAACCGCCAUUACCUCCUGGACAUCAACCAGUUCUUUGACUCGCUGUCCGAUCCUUCGGGUGACACCACCCACUUCAGGGACUACCUACGCCUGCUCCUCUUCCUCAACUUUGCCACCGCCUUGCCCAGCCUUACAAAGGUUACCGAGGCGUACUGGCGAUUCGCACACGACCUUCGUCAGGAACCUGAGAGGUGGCGCCUGUGUCUCUAUUUCCUGGACGACAUCUUGCCCCGGUCGCUGUCCUGGUUCUACCACCACUAUCACUUGACCCUGCGAGUUGCCAAGGAGGGCAAUGUGGUGGAGCAUUUGCAGACCGUGACGGCUUUGAAGGAUGUGUUCGCGAUGCUUCUCGCAAACACCGACGCGGCACCUUUCAACAUGCGCGUCGACGGUGCGAUCAAGCUGGAAAAGAUGAAAGUCGUGAUGUUCUUUGUGCCGGACCUUGUGCAAGGUGAUACCAUUCAGAUACCGCCACCUACGAUUGACGUCGACACCAGCAACAUCGUGCCGGCGGCACUCGAAGCACGCAGGAUCGAAGUGAGCGCCUACUACAACUUCAGCAGCUUCGUGGAGAGAGGAGAGCAGUUUGGACCUCCGUACAAGGUGCUUGACCUGAACUGCCACUACAACUACGGGACCAACACACUAUACAUUCCCCACGCUCUGUUCCACGGCCCGCUCUUCAAGGAGGGAGAGAGAAACCUUGUGUAUCUGCCCAAACUGCUGCAUGUCAUCGGCAUGGGUAUGGGAAAGGCAUUGGAUCCGCAUGGUAUACACAUCAGCUCCGAACCGGAGGACUCCGACUGGCUGUGGGGCAAGUCGCUCCAACUCUGGGAGAACAACACCGCUUGCUUCCGCACUAUCUACAAUGUGCUCGACCCAAAAACUAGGCGCCAGAUUGUGCACAAGUCACCGGCUGCGCCGGCACUAGUUUGA